AUGGGGUCCCUGAAGAAAAUGAGUAGUUCCUUCAAGCGCGGCUCCCUCAAGAGUUCCACAUCUGGGUCCCAGAAGGGUCAGAAAGCUUGGAUAGAGAAAACAUUUUGCAAACGGGAGUGUAUCUUUGUAAUUCCCAGUACAAAAGAUCCCAACAGGUGUUGCUGUGGCCAGUUCACCAACCAGCAUAUUCCCCCUCUGCCAAGUACAACUCCCAGCAAAGAUGGAGAAGACAGCAAACAGGUGGAGACGCAACCUGAAAAAUGGUCUGUCAGCAAACACACCCAGAGCUACCCAACAGAUUCCUAUGGGAUCCUUGAAUUCCAGGGUGGUGGCUAUUCCAAUAAAGCCAUGUAUAUUCGUGUUUCCUACGACACCAAACCAGAUUCUCUGCUUCAUCUCAUGGUGAAAGAUUGGCAGCUGGAACUACCCAAGCUUUUAAUAUCUGUGCAUGGAGGCCUCCAGAGCUUUGAGAUGCAGCCCAAGCUGAAGCAGGUGUUUGGCAAAGGCCUGAUCAAGGCUGCUAUGACCACAGGGGCCUGGAUUUUUACAGGGGGUGUGAGUACUGGUGUCGUCAGCCAUGUGGGGGACGCUUUGAAAGACCACUCCUCCAAGUCCCGAGGCCGCGUCUGCGCUAUAGGAAUCGCUCCAUGGGGCAUGGUGGAGAACAAGGAAGACCUGGUUGGGAAGGAUGUCACAAGAGUAUACCAGACCAUGUCCAACCCUCUGAGCAAGCUCUCUGUGCUCAACAAUUCCCACACUCAUUUCAUCUUGGCCGACAAUGGCACCCUGGGCAAGUAUGGUGCUGAGGUGAAGCUGCGAAGGCAGCUGGAAAAGCACAUCUCCCUACAGAAGAUCAACACUAGACUGGGGCAAGGUGUGCCCCUCGUGGGUCUUGUGGUGGAGGGGGGCCCUAAUGUGGUUUCCAUUGUCCUUGAAUACCUCCGAGAAGACCCUCCUGUCCCUGUGGUGGUUUGUGAUGGAAGUGGACGAGCCUCAGACAUUUUGUCCUUCGCACACAAGUACUGUGAAGAAGGAGGGAUAAUAAAUGAGUCCCUCAGGGACCAGCUUCUAGUUACCAUUCAGAAAACAUUUAAUUACAGCAAGACACAAUCACAUCAGCUGUUUGCAAUUAUAAUGGAGUGCAUGAAGAAGAAAGAGCUCGUUACUGUGUUUAGGAUGGGUUCUGAGGGUCAACAAGAUGUUGAGAUGGCGAUUUUAACUGCCUUGCUGAAAGGAACCAAUGCAUCUGCUCCGGAUCAGUUGAGCUUGGCGCUGGCUUGGAAUCGCGUUGACAUAGCACGCAGCCAGAUCUUCGUCUUCGGGCCACGCUGGCCGCCCCUGGGAAGCCUGGCUCCCCCAGUGGAUACCAAAGCCACUGAAAAGGAGAAGAAGCCACCUACGGCAACCACCAAGGGGAGAGGAAAAGGGAAAGGCAAGAAGAAAGGGAAAGUGAAAGAGGAAGUGGAGGAAGAAACUGACCCCCGGAAGAUUGAGCUGCUGAACUGGGUGAAUGCCUUGGAGCAAGCCAUGCUGGAUGCUCUAGUCCUAGAUCGAGUUGACUUUGUGAAGCUCUUGAUUGAAAAUGGAGUGAAUAUGCAGCACUUCCUAACCAUUCCGAGGCUGGAGGAGCUCUACAACACAAGACUGGGCCCACCAAACACACUUCAUCUGCUGGUGAGGGAUGUUAAAAAGAGCAACCUUCCUCCUGAUUACCACAUCAGCCUCAUAGACAUAGGGCUUGUACUAGAGUACCUCAUGGGAGGUGCCUACCGCUGCAACUACACUCGGAAGAGUUUCCGGACUCUCUACAACAACCUGUUUGGUCCUAAAAGGCCUAAAGCUCUUAAGCUUCUUGGAAUGGAGGAUGAUGAGCCCCCAGCCAAAGGGAAGAAGAAGAAAAAGAAGAAGAAGGAGGAAGAGAUCGACAUCGAUGUGGACGACCCCGCCGUGAGUCGGUUCCAGUACCCAUUCCACGAGCUGAUGGUGUGGGCCGUGCUGAUGAAGCGCCAGAAGAUGGCCGUCUUCCUGUGGCAGCGGGGAGAGGAGAGCAUGGCCAAGGCUCUGGUGGCCUGCAAGCUCUACAAGGCAAUGGCCCACGAGUCCUCUGAGAGUGAGCUGGUGGAUGACAUCUCCCAGGAUUUGGACAACAACUCUAAGGAUUUUGGCCAGCUUGCUGUGGAGCUGUUAGAUCAGUCCUAUAAGCACGAUGAGCAGAUUGCCAUGAAACUCCUGACCUAUGAGCUCAAAAACUGGAGCAACUCAACUUGCCUUAAGCUGGCUGUGGCAGCCAAGCACCGGGACUUCAUUGCUCACACCUGCAGCCAGAUGCUGCUGACAGACAUGUGGAUGGGAAGGCUUCGAAUGAGGAAGAACCCUGGCCUGAAGGUCAUCAUGGGGAUUCUGCUGCCCCCCACCAUCUUGUUUUUGGAGUUCCGUACAUACGAUGACUUCUCAUACCAAACAUCCAAGGAAAAUGAAGAUGGCAAAGAAAAAGAGGAGGAGAACAUGGAUGGAAAUGCAGAUGCUGGUUCAAGAAAGGGAGAUGAGGAGAAUGAACACAAAAAGCAGAGGAGCAUUCCCAUUGGAACAAAGAUCUGUGAAUUCUACAAUGCACCCAUCGUCAAGUUCUGGUUUUACACAAUAUCGUACCUGGGCUACCUGCUGUUGUUUAACUAUGUCAUUCUGGUGCGCAUGGAAGGAUGGCCCUCCCCUCAAGAGUGGAUUGUCAUCUCCUACAUUGUGAGCCUGGCGUUAGAGAAAAUACGAGAGAUUCUCAUGUCAGAACCAGGCAAACUCAGUCAGAAAAUAAAAGUUUGGCUUCAGGAGUACUGGAAUAUCACAGAUCUUGUGGCCAUUUCCAUGUUCAUGAUUGGAGCAAUCCUUCGCCUACAGAACCAGCCAUACAUGGGCUAUGGCCGGGUCAUCUACUGUGUGGACAUCAUCCUCUGGUACAUCCGUGUCUUAGACAUCUUUGGUGUCAACAAAUAUCUUGGCCCCUACGUGAUGAUGAUCGGAAAAAUGAUGAUCGACAUGCUGUACUUUGUGGUCAUCAUGCUGGUUGUGCUGAUGAGUUUCGGAGUAGCUCGCCAAGCUAUCUUGCACCCAGAGGAGAAGCCUUCUUGGAAACUGGCACGAAACAUCUUCUACAUGCCCUACUGGAUGAUCUAUGGGGAGGUGUUUGCAGACCAGAUAGACCGUAAGAAUAGAAUUGAUAUAUACGCCAUGGAAAUUAACCCUCCUUGUGGUGAAAAUCUCUAUGAUGAGGACGGCAAACGGCUCCCUCCCUGCAUUCCUGGUGCCUGGCUCACACCAGCCCUCAUGGCCUGCUACCUCCUGGUGGCCAACAUCCUGCUGGUCAACCUGCUCAUUGCCGUUUUCAACAAUACCUUCUUUGAAGUAAAAUCAAUAUCCAACCAAGUAUGGAAGUUCCAGCGAUACCAGCUGAUCAUGACAUUCCAUGACAGGCCAGUCCUGCCACCGCCAAUGAUCAUUUUAAGCCACAUCUACAUAAUAGUUAUGCGUCUCAGUGGUCGCUGCAGGAAAAAACGAGAAGGGGACCAGGAGGAACAGGAUCGUGGCUUGAAGCUGUUCCUCAGUGAUGAGGAGCUGAAGAGGCUGCAUGAGUUCGAGGAGCAGUGCGUGCAGGAGCACUUCCAGGAGAAGGAGGAUGAGCAGCAGUCGUCCAGUGAUGAGCGCAUCCGGGUCACUUGUGAGAGAGUUGAAAAUAUGUCAAUGAGGUUGGAAGAAAUCAAUGAAAGAGAAAACUUCAUGAAAACUUCCCUACAGACUGUUGACCUGCGACUCUCCCAGCUGGAAGAACUCUCCAGCAGGAUGGUGACGGCUCUGGAAAACCUGGCGGGGAUCGACAGGUCCGACCUGAUCCAGGCCCGGUCCCGCGCCUCCUCCGAAUGCGAGGCCACCUACCUGCUCCGGCAGAGCAGCAUCAACAGCUCGGACGGCUGCGGCAUGUUCCGGUACCACUUCAACGGGGAGGAGCUGCUGUUCGAGGACCCCAUGCUCUCCAUGCCCCUGGGGACCGCGUUCCGCAAGAAGACGUGCUCGUUCCGGGUGAAGGAGGAGGAGGCGCGGUGGCACCCGGCCUCCCCGGGCCGCAGCCGCCUGGCGGUGGAGGACUCCCGGAGCCCCGCGGAGCCCAGGCCAGGCCCCGAGCCCGGGCCUCCCAGCCGAGACGAAGAAAGGCAGGACACGAAAAGAGAGGACGCUCGGUCCCCAGGCCUGAAGCCGGCAGAUGCCGCGCACGGGCAGAACAAAGCGGACUUUGCGAGCACCCAGCUGACGGUGGAAAGGACGGAAAUCGAGGGCACCGUGUCCUACCCGCGGCAAGAAGCCAAGCUCGCCCGCCAUUACCCGGACGAAACGGCGAACGCCUACAAGACCAUGAAGUCCAGAAGCUUUGUCUACUCCGAAGGAAGAAAGCUGGUCGGGGGGCUUAACAACUGGAACGCCGAGUACAGUUCGAUCAUGGACCAAGCGUGGAACUUCCAAUCGGCCGAGUGGAAGUACCAAGUGCAGAAGAUCACGCGCUCCCGCAGCACCGACAUCCCCUGCAUCGUGUCUGAAGCCGAGGUGCAAGCCGAGCGCAAGGAUCAGUCCACAGACCUCGAAGACGAGGGCCUACGAGUUCCUGAGAUCUCGCGUCUGUCCCUCGGCGUCGCGGACAGGACCGACCGGGAGAACUUGCUGUCGGUGAAACCACACCAGACUUUGGGAUUCCCGUGUCUCAGGUCCAGAAGUUUACACGGCCAUCCUCGGAAUGUUAAACCCAUCCCUGGCAAGCUAGACAAGCCCGCACAUGCCAGCAGUGUAAGUAACUUAAUAGUGGUGUCUGCAGUUACAACCGAGGAGCAAACGCUCAAGCAAGAGCAAACUUCCACAGAAACGGAAUGCUAA